CGUUCCGAGUCGGAUGUAUAUGCACAGAAAAUCUCGUUCAUUUCCUCUGUACCCAACUCUUUGUUCAUCCCAAAUCCUCUGUUUUUCGAGCUUCAAUCAAGCAAUCAAAAAUGGCCGGAGUGUCUUUGUUCAAUCAAAUUUCAUGCAAAUCUCCACUGACUCGACUCAGCUCAAAGUCCUCUCUUUUUCCGACUAAUUCAAUCAGAUUUGGGAAAACUGCGGCGAAGCUGUCGAUCGGAGCGAGACCGGCUUUUAGGGUUCGUGCAGUGAGUGAAGAGGAGUGGAGGGCGGAGGGGGAGGCCGCCGGGGGGGUGGCGGUGGCGGAGGAGCCGACAGAGAUCGAUUUGUUGAAGAAACAGUUGGUUGAUUCGUUCUAUGGAACGGAUCGAGGGUUGAGAGCGACAAGCGAGACGAGGGCGGAGAUUGUGGAGUUGAUUACGCAGCUCGAGGCGAAGAAUCCGACUGCGGCUCCUACGGAGGCGUUGACUAUGCUCAAUGGGAAAUGGAUUCUUGCGUAUACAUCAUUUGUAGGUUUGUUCCCUCUGUUGUCAAGAACACUGCCAUUGGUGAAGGUGGAGGAAGUAUCACAGAUCAUUGAUUCGCAGAACUUUACGGUUCAGAACUCUGUUCUGUUUUCCGGGCCACUGGCUACUACUUCCUUCAGCACCAAUGCCAAAUUUGAAGUCCGAAGUCCCAAGCGUGUACAGAUCAAGUUUGAAGAAGGCAUUGUUGGGACUCCUCAGUUGACAGACUCCAUUGUGUUACCAGAAAACGUUGAAUUUCUUGGACAAAAUAUUGACCUCACACCCUUCAAAGGCUUGAUCACCUCUGUCCAAGACACUGCUUCUUCCGUUGCAAAGACAAUCUCCAGCCAACCGCCACUGAAGUUCUCUAUCCCGAGCAACAAUGCAGAAUCAUGGUUACUCACCACAUACCUUGAUGAAGAACUUCGGAUCUCAAGGGGAGAUGCUGGCAGUGUGUUUGUGCUCAUCAAGGAGGGUAGCUCCCUCUUGACUAGUCUUUGAAUCAUGAGUCUGUGUGUCUCUCUCUCUCGCGCUCUUGGGAAUGUAGGAUUUCUUGUAAUGUUAUAUGAACAAUGUGUUGGACAAUAAUAAUUAGUUUCAAAACGUGAUUGAAAUUGACUCGUUAAAUUCUUAGUGAA